AUGUGGUAUGUUAUAAUCAUUGUUGUUCUCUUUACUAUUGUCAACGGACAAUCAUCAUCAUUUAUCACAGUACAAAAUGGUCGUUUGACUUUGAACAAUGAAGAUUAUAUGUAUAUCGGCACCAAUUUUUGGUAUGGUGUUAAUCUUGCUUCGAAAGGACCUGGUGGUAAUCGGUCACGUUUACUACGCGAAUUGGAUCGAUUACAUUCAUUAGGUGUCGAUAAUCUACGCUUACAAGCAGGUAGUGAAGGUCCAAAUACAGAACCAUCGCGUAUGGUUCCUGCGAUGCAACCUCAACCUGGUAUAUACGAUGAAGCCAUUUUAGAUGGUCUCGACUUUCUCUUAUAUGAAAUGAACAAACGAAAAAUGCGUGCAGUAAUGUGCUUAAAUAAUUAUUGGCAAUGGUCAGGUGGUUUUGCUCAAUAUGUAGUUUGGGCUGGAGGUGCAAAAUCAAUUCCUUAUCCAGGCGGUAGCAAUGAUUUUGACUCAUUUGCUGCAAGAUUCUAUGAGUUACCACGAGCAUUAGAAUUGUUUAACAAUCAUAUUCAAUUUAUAGUAAAACGUACAAAUAAAUAUAACAACAUACCCUAUGCGGAAGAUCCAACAAUUAUGUCAUGGGAAUUAGCUAAUGAACUUAGUCAAUAUGGUAAUUUAAAUCUUACAUGGUUAAACCAUACUGCUUGCUUAAUUAAACAGCUUGCUCCAAAACAAUUGAUUACUACAGGUAGCGACGGUCACUCUACAUCAAAAAAUUUCAUAAAUGAACAUGCCAGUCAAUGUAUUGAUUACGCUACUAUACAUUUAUGGGUAGAAAACUGGGGUAUCCACGAUCCGCAUAAUUCUUCAGUUACAUUUCCAUUAGCUCUAGCAGCUGCUAAAAAAUUUAUCGAUGAUCGCGCUGCCUACAAAGAUAAACCGAUUGUAUUAGAAGAAUUCGGCAUAUCUCGAGACAAUGCUAGUCUUAGUUCAACAUCACCUGUUACUGUACGUGACAAAUAUUAUCGAGCUGUCCUUCAACUUGCUCAUCAUCAUCGCAUACCUGCCACUUUCUGGGCUUAUGGAGGCGAAGGACGACCACGAAUUCUAGGUGCUAGUUGGAGACAAGGAGAUGAUUUUAUUGGUGAUCCACCACAUGAACCUCAAGGCUCGAAUGCGGUGUACGAUACCGAUAAUAGUACACUCGAAAUCAUUCGUUAUUUUGCUUCAAUGGCAACAAAAAAAUCAUCAGCCAACACAAGUCUUUUCUAA